AUGUCGGUCCGUAUCCAGUUUGAUCAGCCCGAACAGAGGUGCUACACGAAUCUCGAUUUCGUUUCGGGCAACGUUAUCCUCAUCCUCCCCAACGAUGCCACCAUCUCUGCAGUCACGGUCAAGCUUGAGGGCGAGAGUCGCACUCGGCUCGCCGUGCCCAAGUUCCCGAACAACGAGCGUUCGGAUAAGAAGAGAUCGGAGCUAGAAAUGCACAAGCUUUUGUAUAAAGUCAUCACCGUCUUUCCAACACCCGAGGUCCAAGAAAGAAGUAGCGGCACUGCGUACACCCUCCUCGCCGGGCAAUAUCUCUACCCGUUCAAGUUCAAGCUGCCAUUCAACAAUGACUGCCAAAGGAACCCGAGUGCCCUGAAAGAUAUCAGACUUGGUCAUGUGAAUGUUCAAUUUGCACCGGACACCGCAAGACAUGUGAAGAAGACACUGCCGCCCUCAUUGAGUGGCUUCCCGGGUGAAGCGGAAAUCAAAUACUAUGUGAAGGCGACAAUCGUCCGACCCAAGUUCUUCCAAGAGAAUAUCAGAGCGAUCGCCGAUAUCAAUUUCCUGCCUAUCGAGCCCCCUCGGCCUCUCAACCGUCAUGAGGAGACGUUUGCAAGACGAAAGAGACAAUUCCAAAGAUACCCGGCCGAGUCGCAGAAAAAGAUGGGUGGCCUUUUCGGUAGGAAGUCUUCGACUCCUACAUCCGCUGAGGAGGAGCCUCCCGCCUUUCAAGUCGAUGCCCGGCUUCCCAGUCCCGCCAUCAUCACCUGCAAUGAACCUCUGCCGCUGCGAAUAUUGGUUGAGAAGCUCAAUGACAGCUCAGCCACCGCCUUCCUCAAGAUGCUGCAGAUUGAACUUACAGGGUACACCCAUGUCAGAGCUCUUGAUCUGGAAAGAACCGAGACCACAAAGUGGCCAUUGAUGUCACAGGCGAACAUGAACAUGCCUCUUGGAAACCCUACCGAAAAAGGCCGAAAAGAGUGGAAACUUCCUUCUCGAUUGUGGGAUGAUUACCCCCUCCCCAAUACUGUCUGCCCUUCAUUCGAUACCUGCAACAUCUCUCGGAGGUAUGAACUAGAGGUCACAGUGGGGUUGGCACAUGCUAUGGCGAGUGGUGUACGACCAGAACUUAUGGUCCUUCCUUUGCGUCUACCUGUUUUGGUGUACUCUGGCAUAGCUCCUCCUCCGAAGCUGCUGCAGGCCAUGGCCAACAAUCCUCGUCCUCAGCCUGCUCCUUUACACCUGUCCCCACCGAGGCCACCCGAGCUGAAUGGGAUGUCUUCACAACCUGUCACCCCAUUAGAGACUCCGACAACGCCUUUGUCUGAGAUUAGCUCGUAUCCGGCUCCAGUGGGCUCAUACAAUCCGCAUGAGCAAUCAGAUCUUCCUGACGACGCUCCACCCAGCUAUGAAGACGCUAUGGCUGAGGAUAUUGCACCUGUCGACGGCCCUCGACGGGAGUACCACGUGCCACCUGAACCCCAAGGUCAGCGGCCUGCCUUCAACCCCGACGCAAAAGGUAGCGGUCUCAGCCGACGGAUCAGCGAGCGACUAUUUUCCGGUGGUGAACCGGUUAGUCCUACUAGGACAACUUCAAUGGGAAGUGCGAUGCAAGGCUUGACGAUGGCCGAGGACGAAGAACCUGGGUCUCCGAGCUCACCUUCAGGAGAAAGUUCAAGCCGGAUGUCUAGCUGGAAGAGGAGUUUCAGUGGUCGGAAGGAAUAA